AUGGCGCGAUCGUCCCUCGCCGACGCCUUGCUUCAGCGGCAGGUCGCGUCGCUCGCGAGGGUUGUCCGCAUCCCGCGCUUCUUCUCGCCUGCCGACAUUGAGCAGGUCGGCCGCGUCGAGCGUGCGCACCACGAGCGGCUUGGGCGGCCGCGCGAGGCGCGGCUGGGGUGGCACACCACCUACCUCAGCGCCGGCGGCCUCUUCCGGGCGACGGUGCCGGAGCUGCACCGGCGGCUGAGCGAGCUGCGGCAUCGCGUCGACGUGAGCCGCUUCGACGGCGGCGACGCGGCGUCCGCCAGCGAACUGCUGCGCAGCCUCAACGUGCGCUGCAUCGAACUGCACGACGGCCGAGCGGGCGGCUCGCUGAACGACCCUCGCCACUUUGAUAACGGAUCGACCGUCACGGUCGACGUCCUGCUCGAGGACAGCUUCACGGGCGGCGCCUUUGGCACCACCGAGGCGGGUGGCGCGCUGCACGAGCACGAGUUCUCGGUCGGCGACGCGCUCGUCUUCCCUAGCUACAAGUACCACAGCGUCGGGAGGAUAACGGGCGGGCGGCGGCGGACGCUCGUGCUCGAGUUUUGGCAGGGCGACGAGAACCGGUGCAAUCACCGCUGCGAACUCAUCCGGCCGCGCGCGGGCGAGCCGUACCUCUGCGAGGACGCACAGACGAGCGACGGGUGCGCCGGGCGCGUCUCUGUCACGCUGACGGCGCCCGGCCCGCUCGGGCUCGGCUUCGGCUUUGGGGACGCGGCGGACCCGGAGAACGUGGACGCGAGCGCCGUGGGGGACGGCCGGCCGGUGCGGGUCAGCGUGACCGAGGUGCGGCGAGGCUCGCAGGCCGAGGCCCACCCUCGUCUCGUGGUGGGCCUCGUCCUCACGCGCGUCGCCGGGGUGUCAAUCGGCGGCAUGAGCUUGGCGGAGGCGGACGAGGUGCUCGGGCGAGCCGUGGGCGGCGCGAGGCCACUCGCGCUGGGGUUCGAGCAGCGACCGUUGGACCUCACCCGCUUGCGGCUUGCCCCGAGCGGAGAGACGGCGGACGCCGGCGCGCAGCCCGCAGCCAGACGAGCAAGUGAGUAG